AUGAAAAAAAAGUCUCAAAAAAUUAUCUCAAACGCUGAUUAUGGUGAAUGUCAAGAUUGUCAAAAACAACGAACUGCGGUAUCAUGGUGUAAAAAUUGCGAUAUUGCAUUUUUGAAAGAAAAUUUCCAUAAUUGGACUAGUGGAAAUUUCUUAAUAGAUAAAUUUAUUAGAGAUACCCAACUAAAUGCAAAUGAGAGUAUGGACUAUCUUGAAUGGAUUGAUUUUGACCAAUUUGAAUUGAUCGAAAAUAUUAAUAAACGAGGUGCUUUCAGUUCAAUUUAUUCCGCAAUAUGGAUGGAAGGGCCUAGAUGGAAUCUAGAUGAAGAGGCCGAAGUUUGGACUCGCAAUGGUCCCAUUAAGGUCAUCCUAAAACGAUUAGACAAUUCUCAGAACAUCAGUCAAGAAUUUGUAAACCAAUUAUACAGAUAUCACAAAUGUUUACAAAGUGGAGCACUAACAGAUUGUUUUGGUAUGACAAAAGAUCCAACAUCAAGUUACAUGUUCGUUAUAAGAUAUUACAAAAAUGGAAAUUUAUAUUCGUAUCUCGAUGAAACUAUGGGAAUUCUAUGCUGGAAAGAUAUCGUAGAAAUGCUAUGGUCAAUAUCAGCUGGUCUUAAUUUUAUUCAUGAAUAUAAUCUCGUUCAUGGUCAUUUACAUGGAGGAAAUAUUUUAGUUGAAAAUGAGCUGGAUUCAAUUGAUGCUAAAAUCACAGAUACGGGAUUACACGGACAUGCUAAUGGAAAAAUAUCACAAAAUUACGGUGUAAUUCCAUUUGUUGCUCCAGAGAUCUUUGAUGGAAAUACACCAACCAAAGAAUCUGAUAUCUAUAGUUUUGGCAUGAUUAUGUGGAUGUUAUCAGCUUGUGUGCGUCCUUAUUGUGAUAGACCUCAUGAUUCACAACUUAUACAAGAGAUUUGUUCGGGAACCAGACCGAAUAUAGUCAAUGGAACUCCACCUGUUUUCUCCAGUUUAAUGUUAAAAUGUUUAGAUGCGAAUCCAUCAAUUAGACCAACAGCAUCUCAACUUUACGAAUGGUUAGGAAAUUGGGUUACAGCAAUAUGCGACGAUCCCGAACAAUCAGAUUUAUCUGAUCAAUUUGAUGUCGCAGAAGAAACUAAAUUCGCAAAUUUAGAUAAAUUAAAGUUUAAUAUUACACCAUGUCACGAAAAUGCCAUCUAUAUUAGUCGUCCAUUAGAUUCCAUUGGUGUAUAUUACUGAUAAAACAACCUUAACAUCAUAAACGUGAAUCGAAUCAAAUACAUUAUAGUACACUUUUAUAAUUCUUUAAUGUCAAUCUUCUUAUUUAUAAUUCGUUUUGAUCCAUAUACAUCACAACUGUAUGUAUGGACGGAAAAGACAUUCAUCACGACGUCCGUCACCUUCGACAUAAUUUUUCUUUAACGCAAUUUUUCUUCGUUUUUGUCACGCGAUUUGACUUUAAUUGUUUUUUAAAAUUUUUCGUACAAAAUCACAAACACAAAUUAACCAAUUUUAAUAAAAAUUUCACCAUAU